AUGGUGGAGUCCAUCUUCGCUCGCUACGAGCGCACCGUCCUCGAUGUCUACCAGCGAUUUGAUUCGCUGUUAGAAAAUGGAGAUGCGAAGCCUUUGCUCUUAUGGCAUGUGUUACUUGCUAUGGUUCUACCAUUCUGUGCACUGCUGAUUCCUCAUCAGCCAAGAGGCUGGAUCUUACGACCCGUUCUCUCCGCUAUCGCCCUCAGUGUCAGCGUUGAGACCAUUCGAUAUCGGCGUGCGCUUCUGGGGGCAAAUGGAUACAUGGUUGGACUGAUCAUGGUAUGGUGGCUCGUUUGGAGCUCUACACUCCUUUUCUUCAAUGAUGCCGAGCGAAACUUUCGACGGAUUGAGCGAGUGCAAUCCCAUGGGACUCAAGACACUGGCAGCCAGCAAAAUGGUCACGCAAGUAAUGAAGCCCAUAAACCAAGUGAAGCCCUGGGGGAAUCGGACACUCUAGUGUGGCAGCCCUACCCUCGGUCGUUCGUUCACCGUCUUGGGUGGACACUCGCUCUGGUGUUGACCAUGAGAGGUCCUGAUUUCAACUUCAGAAUUUCCUCCUUGGAUCCAUUGCCACCCCAGCUCAAGCCCAAGAUUGUUCCGUUGGACGAUAAAUGGGUGUGUCCACAAGCUAAAACCCGUAUACGGGCGGCUUUUAUUCGCUUCUUUGUUGCCUACCUCGCUAUAGAUAUCCUAAAACUUACAAUGAUAUGGGACCCUUAUUUUAUGGGUAUCAUAUCCGCACCACCGCCAUUCCCACUCAACCACCUUUCAGCCGUCCCUGGUCUGAUUCGGUUGUAUCAUUCCUUACUUUCUGGUACAGCCGUAUACUUCGCUCUCCAGCUUGUCACUGCUCUUAACCCGAUGUUCUUCCUUGGUCUAUCGACUGCGUUCCCAAAUGUAUUCCGUGCAAUAACUGCGACACCUUUAGAUGCACCGUGGCUCUAUGCCGACCAAUUCGGACAGCUCAACGCAGUACUAGACGAAGGACUCACAGGCACAUGGGGGAAAUGGUGGCACCAGAUCUUCAGGUUCGGAUUCAUAUCAACCGGAAAAUGGAUACUCUCGUUUCUCCCAUCAGCACUCUCGUCUCGUCGCAGCGCACGACGCACAAUUAUCACAGUCGUUGCUUUUGCAAUCAGUGGGGCGAUUCAUGGCUUCGGGAGCUAUACGCAGCUCAGCGAUGAGACCCGUCCCAUAGCCGAAACAUUCCUCUUCUUUAUCCUACAGCCCGUGGGGAUGUUCACCCAAGACAUAUGGAACCGUACUGUGGUGGCGCAACUCAAACGCAAUGGCCUUCCACCACCGUGCUGGCUGUGUCGAAUUGGCAAUGUUGCUUUUGUGAUUGCUUGGCUUCUCUUCUCAGGAAGUCGCAUUGCGGAUGAUUUUGCGAAAGGCGGGAUGUGGUUGACGGAGCCAUUGCCUAUUAGUCCCAUUCGAGGAUUGAUGGGCCAGGGGUGGAAUUGUUGGCUGACCCCUUGGUUUGAGCGUCAUGAUGAUGGAACGUUUUGGGGUAGUGGGGUGCGGGUUAUAUAG